AUGGCAGAAGGUCGAGUCAGAGGCGGCUGGAACAGGCACGUGACGACACGCAAUGCGAAGCAGACUCGGAAGAAAAGGGCGAGAAAUGAUGAGACUACAGCGGGAGGUCCUGUAAUUUGCUCCGCCGCGGUGUUAUUCCAGGGUGAGAGUGACAAUAACGAGGUUCGCCGCUAUACAGACCGAACGCCACGUGCCGAUCGCCGUGUUACGCGCGCGCGGCUCGCGCAGGGGCUUCCCCCAAUCCGUUUCCCGCCGUCCCCGCGCAAAACGAGUCGUUUACCACUCCCUUCCCCAAUCCGCCUCACUGAGACGAAAAGGCGAAACUAUCCAUCCGCCGUCCCCGCCGUUCCGCCGGCCCCGCGGCGCAUCCGCCGUCUCCCGUCCGCCUCCACGUUGUCAACCGAUCCCCCCUCCGUGGCCCCAUCCGCCAUCUCCUGGCCGACUCCCCCACCGUCCCCCAACCGCUUUCCCUCAUCGCCCCCCCUCCCCAUCCGCCUCCAUCCGCAUUCAUCCGCAGUCACACCCAAUCCGCGUCCCCCCCAUCCGCCUUCCCCUCAUCCGCCCCCCGAUCCGCUCUCCCACAUACGUCCUCAGAUCCCCUCCUCCAAUUCUCCUCCCCUCUUCCGCCUUCCCCCAUCUCCCCUCAUCCGCAUUCCCUCCAAUCCUCAUUCCUUCUUCCGCCACUUCGCCAUCCCCCCAUCACCUUCCUCCCAUCCGCCUUUUCCCCUCCGCCUUUCCCCCCACCCGCUUUCCUCCAUCCACUUUCCCCCAUCCACCUUCCCCCAUCCGCCUUCCCCCAUCCACCUUCCCCCAUCCGCCUUCCCCCAUCCACCUUCCCCAUCCGCCUUCCCCUUCCCCCAUCCGCCUUCCCUUCCCCAUCCGCCUUCCCCUUCCCCCCAUCCGCCUUUAUCGAAUCCACUUUCCCCCCACCCUCCGCCACCCGUCCACCGCCACCCAUCCGCCGCCACCCAUCCGCCGCCACCCAUCCGCCCCCCCGGAUCAGUUCUCCUUUCGCUCGCGCCCCCAUCUGUCUCCCCGCUCUCUCCUUCCCCACUAUCUUCCCCCAUUGCCUCGCCCAGCGCCCUGGUUCACAGUGCUGGUGGCGGCGUGGGUGCGUGCUCCCCCUGGUUCACGGUGCUGGUGACGGCAUGGGUGUUGUGUGGUCUUGUCGUGGCGGCAUGGCUGCUGUGGGACCGGCACUCGCAGUACGAGAGCCGCAGGGAGGAGGCGCUGGGCGUGUGGUGCAAGGAGCGCGCCCUCAUGCUGCAGCAGCUCGUGCUCACCCAUGUGGGGCAAACCCAGACACUGACAGGCAUAAUAUCAGUGAUGGGCAGGCCAGGGCAGAGGCACAAGUGGGAGUUGGACACGUGUUUGAACGGCAGCACGUGGGAGGCAUACCUCACUCGCACCGCCUAUGCUCGCCCAGGGAACACAGGGGCACUCUCUUGUGUUUUCGUGAAAGACGAAGAGAGGGCGGCCUUUGAGAGACAGUACGGCAGCAUAAGAGACAACACUCUCAACGUCAGUGCCAACCGCCCCAUCUACUGCCCCAAGAUCCUCCAAUUCUCCACAACAUUGGCCAUGAAUGGCACGCAGAACGUUGAUGUCAUGAAGCGAUUCGUCACGGAGGUUCCGCUGGCUGUGGAGGGAAGGCCGUUCUACACAUGGCCGUAUCCCUUGGCUGGAUCGUCAACCAAUGCUGGUUUCGGCGUGGCCUUUCCUCUCCGUCGCAGUCUCCUCACAAACCACUCGCAGCAUGCAACCACAUCCAUGGUGUAUGGGACCCUUGCGGCAUCCGUUGACGCAACAUCCAUCGCUCAGAAGGUCGUGGAAGAGUUGUACGCACGUGACCCGUCAAAGUCUUUCGAACUCUACGACGUCACAAACCGAUCGAUGCUCUUCGCCAUCGUCUCACCGGUCCCGCCACACAUCUUCUACCUCCCCAACGACCCUGUCGCUCGCAUGCUUCCCUCUCCCACGUCCGAAACUCGCCCCUGGGAAAACCCGGCGAUGGUGUCCUUAGAUGAGAUGGGAGCAGGCGUGCGCAAGUAUGAAGUUUGGUGCAGGCACACAGAGCCUCCCAACACGUGGCAAUCGUGGGGCGUGCCCAUCCUCAUCGCCCUCUUCGCCCUGCUCCUCGUGCUGCUCGUGGUGGUGGCGGCACGGAUUCAGCGAGCCCAGUUCUUCCAGACCCAGCAGCAGAUGGCGGAGGCGGAUAGACUGAGGAGGAAGGCGGAGGAUGCAGAGGCAUCAAAGAGCAUGUUCGUGGCAUGCAUGUCUCAUGAGCUCAGGACGCCGAUGACAGGGAUCAUUGGCAUGCUCGAUGCUUUGGCAGACAUGUCCCUCCAACCUCCUCAGCUAUCAGACCUCCUCAGCGCACGGGGGUGUGCGAUGGAUGCACUGCAUCUGGUCAACCGCGUGUUGGACCUGGCGAAGCUGGAGGCAGGGAAGGCGGUGGUGGAUGAGACGGGCUUCAAUGUACGCGACUGGCUUCAAGGGGCGUUGGAUUGGCACGUGGAGGCGGCACAUUGCAAAGGCAUAGAAUGUGAGUCGCUCAUUGUGGCGGGCAAGGUGGUGGUGGAUGAGACGGGCUUCACUGUGCGCGCGUGGCUUCAUGCAAUGCGCGGCAUGGUGGACGACAACGUGCCGGGUCACAUCGUUGCUGAUCAGAUGCACCUCUCCAAAGUCUUCUCACAGCCGCCCAUCACACACCUGCUUCCACUCUCACCAGCCUGGCUGCCUGGUUCUCCUCAACAUGGGAUUGGUUGA